UGGUGUCUGUAGAGUACUGGCUUUUGGCCACCCCUGGGAGAAACAGGCAACUCAGUUGAGCCAGAGAUGCCUGAAGUAUAAGGCAGCCCUGGAGUUGAAACCCUUGACUCUCCCAUGCUCGGGGCUAGCGUGACUGUCUUUGGGGGCCUGCCUGACCACUCUCCACUCCCAGCUCCAAGGGAGUGCCUGGAACACGCCCUCUGCUCCAGCAAACGAGAGUGUGGUUUUAGUCACUGUUGUUGAUAGAGAAGUCCUUUCUGCUGUGAGCGGUUCUUGCUGAUGCAUCCUCUUUCUAGAAUCGCCACCGAUUGGUGGUCAUCUCACGUGACCUUGUAGGUGCCUGAGAACUGCAGAUAUCAGCAGUGGGAGCUUCCUGCCUGCACAAAGCAGGACUGUUGCUCAUCAGAAUGCUGACUGCCCUGGGUUCUGUGGGCCCCUGUAGCUGAAAUGGCUGACCCAGCGUCUGCCGUGACCCGGGAAGUUUAAAGACUGAGGCGCAGUGUCAGGGAGAACGGCUUAGGGCAGCUCAUCCUGACCCCAACCAGGACUGCGAGGGUUUUAACUGUGUCUUUGGGAUGUUCCCAAAAGUCUGCCUCUGGUGGCCCUGGAGCCUGAGUGGACAUGGAGUUGUUGACAAGGGAACACUAGUAGGCCUGUUGUCCCAGGUCUCUUCCCUUCAGUGUAGUAGGUGCACAUCUGGAACCCCAGCACUCAGGAGACAGAGGCAGAGGGAGGCCUGGAGGAGCUGGUGGAGGAACUCAACAGCGGGAAGGUGAUGUACGCCUUCUGCAGGGUGAAGGACCCCAACUCUGGCCUGCCCAAGUUUGUCCUCAUCAACUGGACAGGCGAGGGUGUGAAUGAUGUGCGGAAGGGAGCAUGCGCCAACCAUGUCAGCACCAUGGCCAACUUCCUGAAGGGCGCCCAUGUGACCAUCAAUGCUCGGGCUGAGGAGGAUGUGGAGCCUGAGUGCAUCAUGGAGAAGGUUGCCAAGGCCUCUGGGGCCAACUACAGCUUCCAUAGGGAACCCAGCUGCUUCCAGGAUACAGGCCCUCAGGCCCCAGUGGGCUCUGUGUACCAGAAGACCAACGCCAUAUCUGAGAUCAAGAGGGUUGGCAAAGAUAGCUUCUGGGCCAAAGCCGAGAAGGAAGAGGAGAACCGCCGUCUCGAGGAGAAGCGGCGGGCUGAAGAGGAGCGGCAGCGGCUGGAGGAGGAGCGGCGGGAGCGGGAGCUGCAGGAGGCUGCCCGCCGCGAGCAGCGCUACCAGGAACAGCAGAGGUCAUCUGGACCCCCCAGCAGGACAUGUGAGCGGGAGCAGGAAGUGGCCUCGAGGAGCAGGCAGGAGUGGGAGUCUGCUGGGCAGCAGGCCCCACACCCACGAGAGAUUUUCAAGCAGAAGGAAAGGGCUAUGUCCACCACCUCUCUCUCCAGCUCUCAGCCAGGCAAGCUGAAGAGCCCCUUCCUGCAGAAGCAGCUCACUCAGCCGGAAGCCUCCUAUGGCAGAGAGCCAACGCCCACUGUCUCAAGGCCCGGAGCAGGUGUCUGUGAGGAGCCAGCACUUAGCCCUCUGUCUUCGGCCCAGACAGAAGAGGAGGCCACAUAUGAAGAACCUCCGGAGCAGGACACCCUCUACGAGGGCUCUCCACUGGCGCAGCAGCAAGAGGCUGGCUCUGUACACAUUGACAACUACAUGCAGGGCCAGGGCAUCAGUGGGCAAGGGCUAUGCGCCCGGGCCUUGUACGACUACCAGGCAGCUGAUGACACAGAGAUCUCCUUUGACCCUGAGAACCUAAUCACAGGCAUCGAGGUCAUUGAUGAAGGCUGGUGGCGUGGCUAUGGGCCUGAUGGCCACUUUGGCAUGUUUCCUGCCAACUACGUGGAGCUCAUAGAGUGAGGCUGAGGCCUGUCUUCCUUCUCUACUGGAAGUGGCUUCCUUGUUGUGAAGAGGCCUAAGAGUCACUGUGUGGCACUCUUCUAGGAAUGGAACUUCAGUGCGGACAAGGCUCCCUCUGCCUUGAGUGCUCUGUUACCCCAGAUGGAGCAGAAUCCCACUGCUCCCCCAAAUGCUUACCACAGCCUCCAGGACCUCCUACCGACUCACACUUGACCCCAGUGGGGAUGGCGUAUUGAGCCAAGCUUAACCUGUGGGCAGCUCCUGGGUGACCUCUGUCCAAGGAGGGCAGCACUGAGAAGGGAGGGUCAGAGCAGGGACAUCGGGCCACAUCUGCAUUUCCUUUCUCUCUCUGUGUGGCUUCUGAGGGUGGUAGCUGUGGUAGCUACAGCUGAUUAGAAAGGCCCUUGGGAAUCAUGAACUUAAGAAAAUUGCUUUUAGCGGAAUCUUGACCAAAAUCAGAGUAGACCAUGACGGUUUUAACAGCAGGGAAGCUGUCUUACUAAGGGCUUCCCUCCCUCCCUCCACUUCUGUCCCCAUGUCUGUGCUGCGGGAAGAAGGGAUGGGAUGACCAAGCUCCCAUCUCGGGGAACGUGAAAAAUCAAAGACAUGACAUGUACCAUGUGGCUCACUCAGUGUCUGCUGGCUCCGCCCAUCUGUGUCCGAUAACUUAAGAAUGCAGUGAGGUCCACAGCUCGUCUGCCCCACUUCUGAUCUAAAUGGGAAGAAACCCCAACCUGGGGUGUCUCGGCAUUGUACCUGAGUGUCCAGAUGUGUGUUUACACAUUAGGUACCCUCAGACAGACUCUGGCUGGUUAGCCUCCUAUAAUGGCAUGGUGGUAUGUGCCUUUAACCCCAGCACUCAGGAGGCAGAGGCAGGUGCAUCUCUGUGAGUUCAAAGCCAGCCUAGUCUUUAUAGUUCCUGGACAGCCCGAGCUGCAUAGUCUCAGUCUCAAAAAGAGGGGCGGGGUAUAUAAAUGAUAAGAUGUAA